AGUCAUGAUGAUAAAGUCAGACACCUUAUGUUAUUUGAGUCACCGGUCAUGUUUUACCCACUCCAGUUUAAUUUCAGAUUGAUGAGGAGAUACUUCAGGAAGUGGUUAAGAUGGGAUUUGACAGGAACCAACUCAUUGAAUCACUUUGUAACGGGAUACAAAAUGAGGCUACUGUUGCAUAUUACUUGUUAUUGGACAAUCGGUUCCGGGUUUCCAGUGGCUAUCUUGGAGCUGAGUUUCAAGAAACUGUGGAUAGUGGUUUGAACCAUAUGCAUCCAAGUGAACCAUUGUCUCCAGCUCUUGGACACCGUAUGACAGGAUAUAUGGAUUAUCAAGGAUUGACACAGCUUGGUUUGAGAGGACAGUCUCCAGCUGAGAGGAAAUGGGCCCUUGGACUGCAGUCUCGAGCACAUCCUCGUGAAAUUAUGACAGAAGUUCUCAAAGCUCUGCAGGAAUUGAAUGUGUGCUGGAAGAAGAUAGGGCACUACAACAUGAAGUGCAGGUGGAUUCCUGGCAUCCCUGGUCAUCUUGAAGGCAUGGUCAACAAUGCUGUGCACAGUAGUCAUUAUUUUGGUGAUGAAUCAAGCAUUAUUGAGAAUGAUGGGAUUAUUAAAUCACCAAAUGUCAUCAAGUUUGAGCUGCAGCUUUAUAAAACUCCGGAGGAGAAGUACCUGCUAGAUCUACAAAGGGUUCAAGGGCCCCAAUUUGUGUUUUUAGACCUUUGUGCCACGUUCCUUACACAGCUCCGGGUCCUUUGAAAUAAGGGAGAGGUCUCUGUCCUUCCAAGAGGACCUUUUGCUGCCUUAAACUUGAAUUUCAGUGGUGCAUGUUCAUUGGGAUUCAUUCAUAUAUACCGUGUAUUGUAUUGUAUAUAUCUUAUUUCUUAUUUUGACUUGAUCAUCAUUACUUUCAUGGCGUCCCUCCCUUUUU